AUGGACGUAGUUAGUCGCUCGCGUCUAUACCUCACCAUCCAUACCCCCUCGCACGUGCGUCAGUUGCCGAAUUCCACGGGCUCGUGUAAACCACUAGCGGGGGACCAUUCAACGGCGCUGCGUGGAGCAGUUACUAAUGGAAUUCCGUUUCUCUCUGGAAUUCGCGCAGGGUUUUGCGUAGGGCUGCUGCCACGUCAGACAUAUGUCGCCGCAGCUAGAACCGUCGGCCAGCGGCAGCUCGGCGCGCAGCAAAGCGCGCUGGGGGGGCUACGGUUGGCGGAAGGGAUCCGCGCGCCACAUGGGUGCGCGUACUCUAGUCGCAGCGGCGCAUUCUCCGGCGCACGGUUUGCGCCCGCUGUCUGGAUUGCGCGCGCUCAGGUAUCUGGCGCGGAGGAAGCAGGCGCAACGUUGGCGGAAGAAGCGGAACUAGCGAAUGGGGGAGCGGACGCGGGGGAAGGUGGACGCAGGCGGAACAGUCAGGGGAAGCCGCGAGGAGGAGCAGGAGCAGGGAACUGGCAAGAGGGGGAGGCGGAACAGUGGGUGCGCGCAGUGCAGGCGCGGGGGGGCAGCAGCGGGGAAGGUACCGUUGGCGGAGAUCGGGUUGCGGGUACGCGGAAGCCGCGGAAGGGGGAGGAGCUGGAGCUGGUGUGCGAUAUCCUUGCGUUCAAAGGUUUGGGCGUGUGCCGCGUGCCUGAGAGCGGGUUUGUGGUGCUGUGCGAGCGCGCAUUACCAGGGGAACGGCUGGUGGCUCGUAUCGUCAAGGCCAAGCGACAGUAUGCAGAGGCAUACAAGGCGUACAAGGUGCGAGUGCUCUCGCCCCACGACCACGCCACCACCCCCCGCUGCCAGCACUUUGGGCACUGCGGGGGGUGCCGCCUGCAGAACCUGGAGUACGAGGCACAGCUGCGCAUCAAGCAGCAGCAGGUGAGAGGGUUUGAGACGCCUCGAAAAGGGUUGGAGGAGUCGGGCUUGCAGGGCUGGUCCGUGCAUUCACCCGCUCUUCUGCUCUUCCCAUGCUCUCUCCACCGCUCUCACCCCUCAGAUGGAGUUCUCUUUCAGCUCUCGUGUGUGGCUCCCCGCCACUUCGCAUCAUCCCACUCACCUUUCUCCCUUCCCAUGCCCUCUCUCCCCAUCCCUUUCAUCCCGCAGAUGGAGUUCUCUUUCAACUCCCGUGUGUGGCUCCCCCCUUCCGAAAUGCCCGAGAAGCCCCCUCGUGUGCACACGGGAGGAGCAGCAUCACCAGGAGCAGACGCAGCAGCAACAGUAUCAGCAGUACCACCAGCAGCAACAGCACCGGAUGUAGCAGCAGAAGCUGCAGAAGUCGCCACCGGAGAAAGCGGGAGCGAGAGUGAGGGGGAGGGAAGCAGAGAGCUGGGCGAGGAGGCUCAGGAGGGGCGGCAGAAGCAGAAGAAGAAGGGGCGGGGCGGGAGGGGUCCCAACGUGACCCCGAACCCGGGGGGCUUUGCCCUGGGCCUGCAUGCUCCGCGGCGGUUUGACAAGGUGCUGCCGAUCGAAGAGUGCCACCUGCAGCACCCCAUCGCCAAUGAGAUCCUAGCGCAUGUGCGGCAGUGGAGUGAGCAGCACCAGCAUGUGCUACCACCAUACGACCCCAUCACCCAUGAAGGCGUGCUCAGACACCUCGCCAUCCGCAAGGGCCGCGAUGAGCUAACAGGAGAGGAGGAGUUUAUGGUGGUGCUGGUCACAAAGACAGACUGUCCGGACCUCCUGCAACCCCUCGUUGACCACCUCUCCCACGCCUUCCCUCGUUUGGUCAGUUUCAUAAUGACUGUAAAUCCCUCUCUGGCGGACGUCACUCCCCCCAACGCCCUGGAGCGGCUGCUGCUAGGGCGGCGGGUGAUCAGCGACUCGCUGCACUUUGACAUCUCAGCCGCCUCCUUCUUCCAGACCAACUCCGACCAGGCGGAGGUGCUGUAUGGGCUGGUGGAGCAGGCGUGUGUGCUCAACGGCGACAGCAGCGAGCACCUCCCUGCUUUUGUUUCAACUCUACGAGUUAUCCCCUUUUUGUCCCAUUUCUCGUGCCGCUCCUCAUCUCUCUCAUCCCCCACAGGCGGAGGUGCUGUAUGGGCUGGUGGAGCAGGCGCGGAGGUGUUAUACAAGCUAGUGGAGCAGGCGUGUGCGCUCAAGGGCGACGGCAGCGAGCUGCUGCUUGCUUUUGUAUCACCUCUGGUGGAGCAGGCGUGUACGCUCAAAGGAGACGGCAGUGAGCUGCUGCUUGACCUCUUCUGUGGCACCGGCACCAUUGGCCUCUCGUUGGCCUCCCGAGUGCGCCACGUGUACGGGUUCGAGCUGGUGCCAGAGGCGAUAGCAGACGCGCGUCGCAAUGCGGACCGCAACGGCAUCACCAACGCCACCUUCCUCACAGUCGACCUCAACAAGGCGCUGCCCACCCUGCCCAGCACUGCUGCUGCUGCCUCUGGAAAUGGCAGACCCGAUGUGAUCAUCACAGAAAGCGCGGACCGCAACGGCAUCACCAACGCUACUUUCCUCACAGUCGACCUCAACAAGGCGCUGCCCACCCUGCCCAGCGCUGCUGCUGAAAAGAGCAGACCCGAUACCCAAUGCCACGUUCCUCACAGUCGGCCUCAACAACCCACCCUGGCCAACUCUGCUGCUGCUGCUGCUGCUGCUGCUGCUGCUGCUGCUGCUGCUGCUGCUGCUGCUGCUGCUGCUGCUGCUUCUGGGUUUGGUAGACCUGAUGUCAUCGUCACCGGCGGGUACGAGCUGCAGGAGGCACAGAGGGGGGAUCGAAAGGGACCCGAACCGGCCGGGCAUGCACCCGAGGCUGCUGGAGCACAUGGCGGAGGUGAGGGCAUCGCGCAUCGUCUACGUCUCCUGCAACCCCUCCUCCAUGGCGCGCGACCUGCACGCACUCUGCCACCAACUGCCCGUGAGUCUGCUUCUUUUUGUCGCCUCAACUUCGUCUCCUGCAACCCCUCCUCCAUGGCGCCCGACCUGCACGCGCUCUGCCACCAGCUGCCCGUGAGUCUGUCCGUUCCGCACGAGGAUCUUCUGAGUCCAAAGGUCACCUAG